AUGAAGCAAAGCUCGUUGUUCAUAAAUUCCCAUCGAUGCCAGAUUCGAGGCUUAUCGUCCUUUGCACUCUUGAAUCAUCAUCACAUGAUCAAUCAUUCAGUUUGGUUUCUUUGUACCUCUCCAUUCCCAUCAAUAAUUUCCUCUCGGGAAUUUUCCAGCACCCUCUCACCCAACGUGGAAGAAAGGGACAAGAGAUUUUCUCAUACCAUCUUGCUGCCAAAGACUCCUUUUAAAACAAAGAUUUCUGUAGAGGAGGAAAUUAAUUUACAGAAAAUAUGUACUGAAUAUGCAUAUCAAAGCCAAAAAGAACAACGAUUGAAUCAACCCAAUAUCAAAACAUUUACUUUACAUGAUGGACCUCCCUAUGCCAAUGGAAAUCUUCAUGCCGGACAUGCUCUCAACAAAAUUUUGAAAGAUGUCACCAACAGAUACAAGAUACAAACUGGUCACUUGGUUCAAUUUAUUCCAGGAUGGGAUUGUCAUGGCCUUCCAAUUGAGAUAAAAGUUCUACAAGAACUUAAAAAAAAGAAGAAAAUGGAAGUGAGUGGAAAUUCUGAUCCUUCCAUUAGAAAACUGGCCAAAGAUUUUGCAGAACAAGCCAUCCAAUCACAAAUGAAAGAUUUCAAGCGUUGGGGUAUUAUGGGAGAUUGGGACAAUCCAUAUAAAACAAUGAAUCCUAAAUUUGAAGCUCAACAAUUGAGAAUUUUCUUGGAUAUGCUUAAAAAGAAAUACAUUUAUAGAGGAAAGAAACCAGUGUUUUGGUCUCCUUCAAGUGGAACAGCUUUGGCAGAAUCUGAAUUGGAAUAUCCAGAUGUUCAUAUUUCAAAAUCGUGUUACAUUUUAUUUCCAAUAGAAAAUAACACAGGUGCAGAGGUUGAGAAAUAUGGAGAACUUUUUGCUGUUGUUUGGACAACCACACCAUGGACCUUAAUGUCUAAUGAGGCAAUAUCUUACAAUAAUGAUAUUGAAUAUUCCAUCAUUUAUGAUCAGGACAAACAUCGGAGAUUAAUCAUUGCCUCCGACUUGCUAAAAACUGUUUGCGAAAAAACAGGUAUCAAAAAUUACGUGUUGUUGGAGGCAAAGAAAGGACAAGAUCUCUUUGUGAACAAUGGCAGCAGUGUUUCUCCAAUCCACACUACUACUACCACGAAUGCUACUACAAGUGCUACUACUACGAUACCAUUUUCUACAAGAAUUUCAUCCUAUCAAAAUCCACUCACACUUAAACUAAAAAAGACACUUCUUCCAUUCUUGCAUGGCUCUCAUGUCACGACAGAGGUAGGAACUGGUCUGGUACACACAGCUCCAAAUCAUGGUAUGGAAGAUUUUCAUGUUGUACGGGAAAAUAACAUUCCAAUUGGUCCAUGUUUUGUCGAUGAACAAGGUCGAUACAACUCAGAAACACCUCUUGAAGAAUUGAGAGGAUUACCUGUUCUCGAGCAAGGUAAUCUUAGAGUCAUUCAAAUAUUUGAAGAAGAAUUAUCCAAGUAUUUACUAUUCCGAGAAGAUUACUCUCAUCGAUAUCCUUACGAUUGGAGAACAAAAAAGCCUAUCCUUAUUCGAAUGACUGAACAAUGGUUUGCAGAAUUGAAAGAUUUGAAACAUCGAGCAAAGGAAUUUAUCGAUGAAACGAUUGAAAUGAUUCCAAACACGGGUCGCAAUCGUUUGAAAGCCUUCAUUGAGUCGAGAGACGAAUGGUGCAUCAGUCGACAGCGCACCUGGGGAGUUCCAAUUCCCGUUUUUUAUCGGCGGCGAAAUUCAUCACCCGAAGAGGAAUAUCUCGCAACGAGUGAGAGCAUUGGGUAUGUCAUUGGUCUGAUUGAACAACACGGAACGGAUUAUUGGUUCGAAAAGAGUGAGGAUGAAUUAUUGGCUCCACCCUAUCGAAAUCAAGGCUGGAAAAAAGGAACUGAUACAUUGGAUGUAUGGUUCGAUAGUGGUACCACUUGGUUUAGUGUCAUGAAGGCUUCUGGUAUUCCUCUUCCUGUCGAUGUUUAUUUAGAAGGUUCUGAUCAGCAUCGUGGAUGGUUUCAAUCUUCUCUUUUAACAAGUUUGGCCUAUCAAGGUGUUCCUCCCUAUAAGAAAAUUGUGACACAUGGAUUCAUUACGGAUGAGAAUGGAAAAAAGAUGAGCAAGUCAUUGGGUAAUGUGAUUGAACCAGAGAAUUUGGUGAGCAAGUAUGGAGUUGAUGUGUUGAGAUUCUGGGUUUGUUUCAGUGAUUUUACAGUCGAUGUUUCUAUUGGACAGAGUGUGUUUGAGAAGCUUUCAACGAACUUGAAGAAGAUUAGAAAUACCGCAAAAUUCAUGUUGGGUGUAUUGGCAGAUUAUUCACCACCACCACCACCACCACCACCAUUAACAUUACCACCUCAAAAGAUUACCAUUCAACCAAAUGGACCUCAUGAUGGUGAGACACAACAACAACACUGCUACUCCAAUUUAAGUGAAGCAGAUCUGUACAUUAUUGCACGAGUGAAACAAUUUUGUGAUCAAGUUACAGAGAGUUAUGAACAAUUUAGUUACUAUAAGGUGACUCAGCAUAUCAUGACAUUCACCUAUGAACUUUCUUCAUUUUAUUUGGAUCUCAUCAAAGAUCGAUUGUAUUGCUCCAGUGAGGAAGUGAGAAGACCAUGUCAAAGAGUGGUUCAGUACAUUCUUGAUUGUUAUACCAAAGCUAUUUCACCCAUUCUUUGUCAUACUGCUGAGGAUAUUUAUCAAUGCAUGACCUAUAAGAAACAUAAGAGUUUGUGUGAGGAGGGUUGGUUUAUUUCUCCUGAAGAAUUCUUUUCAGAGAUCUCACUGCCUAACGUUGAACAAACAGUAGAGAAAUGGAACUUGAUUAUUGAGCUUAGACAAGAAAUUUACAAGGUUAUUGAGAGGGCAAGAAUGGAUAAGGCGUUCCGUACAAGUAAUGAGGUGAUGGUUCACAUUGAAAGAGUUGAUUGUGAAAAAUUGAAAGAAGCCAUCACACCUCUUCUCAAACCAUGUUCAACGAAUGACCCAGUAUCCACACAACUGGAUGAGAUUAUGAUGGUGUCUCAAGUGAAUUGGCUUAAUGAGGCAACUUGUGAGUGCCUCUAUUCACAUUCAUACAACACAAGUAUUGAUGGUUCUCAGGUCAUUCUCUCCAUUUCAAAGGCCAGCCAUCACAAAUGCCCUCGAUGUUGGCGCUAUACAAGUACAGUUGAAAAUGAAACAUGCCAAAGAUGUGAGAAUGUGUUAAAUACCUCACUCAAAGCACCAAUUAUGUAG